GGAGCAGCCCAUUGUCUUGUCCGAAGGAAACACUUACGAAGCAGAAUGGAGGAGGGAGAAGCGGCGUAAACUCUGGCGUUGCCCCGGUGACGUUUGGAUCUGCGCACAAUCGGCGUGAGACGGUGCGUGAUGAGGAAGCACCCCGGCCGUCAGCUUAUUUACAGCAGAGCCUUCACUUUAAGGGCAGAACAACCGAAUAUGACCUUACAAAGGUGAUAUUGUAGGAACCAGUAUUUAACGCGCAAAUUCCUCUGCGCUUGCAGAAGGGGGUCCGCGAGGAGAGGGAAGCUGGACUGAACUCGCAGCUUCUGCCAGCCCUGAGUCUCUCCCUAUCCGCUGGAAUUUGAAGAUCGUCAGGCCCUAAGCGCGGAGUUUCUCUCCUUGUGAGGGUGUUGUGACUGUCAGCGCGCACUGUUGACAGGACUGAUAGCCGAAAAGAACAUGUAAGAAAGAAGAUGUCAGAUCAAGAAAGCAGAAAGAAAGACCACCUGCUACAUAAUACCACCCUGUACAUUGAUCUUCUAUCAACGCAAUGGCCUAUAGUGUAUUCUCCUGACUAUAACAUCUCAUUCCUGGGCCUGGAAAAGCUUCAUCCUUUUGAUUCGGGAAAGUGGGGGAAAAUUGUCCACUUUUUGAAAGAAGAGAAGAUGAUAAAUGAUGAGACCAUUGUUAAAGCCCGAGAAGCGCAGGAAGAUGACUUGUUAGUAGUACACUCAAGGCGGUACCUCAAUAAACUCAAGUGGUCAUUUAUAGUUGCUACUAUUACUGAGAUACUACCUGUGGCAAUCCUGCCUAACUUUAUCAUCCAGAGAAAAGUACUAAGACCUUUCAGGACACAGACUGGAGGAACAAUUAUGGCUGGGAAACUUGCUAUCGACCGGGGAUGGGCAAUCAAUGUUGGUGGUGGCUUUCACCAUUGCUCAAGUGAACAAGGAGGAGGAUUUUGUGCUUAUGCUGACAUAACUUUAGCAAUUAAGUUUUUGUUUGACAGAGUGGAGGCGGUGUCUAAGGCUAUGAUCAUUGAUUUGGAUGCACAUCAGGGGAAUGGACAUGAGAGAGAUUUUAUGGAUGACAACAGAGUCUAUAUUAUGGAUGUUUUUAAUAGAUACAUCUACCCAGGCGAUGGAUUUGCAAAGCGAGCCAUCAAGUGGAAAAUUGAGCUGGACUGGGACACAGAGGAUUCAGAGUAUCUGCAGAAAGUGGAAACACAUAUGUCAAAAGCAUUGCAGGAAGUCACUCCAGACAUCAUUGUGUACAAUGCAGGCACUGACAUCUUAGAUGGUGAUCAACUGGGAGGUUUGGCUAUUUCACCUCAGGGAAUCAUUAAAAGAGAUCAAAGAGUCUUUGAGGCAGCCCGCAAGCGUAAGAUACCCAUCCUGAUGGUGACAUCUGGAGGCUACCAAAGGUCUACAGCUCGGAUCAUAGCUGAUUCUAUUCUUAACUUGCACCGUUUGCAACUAAUAGACCAGAGGUUGCUUUAGGUGAAAUGGAUGACUCUUAACAUUUCUAAUACACAAAUCUGUAUCAGCUGCAACGCCACCACUAUCAAUGCAAAGAACUUCUAUUAGUUUAGGGAAAAAUAUAAUAUAAAUGCUAAAGGUAACAAUGUUCUAUAAUCUGACUAAAGGAAAUUAUAAAUGUAGAUAAGUUAAAGAAACAAAUAGGUUUACAAAACUAUUAAAGUCUUAAAGGAACAUUCCUCUCAGGUGCAAUAAAGACAUGGAAUUUUUAAAUUCAUAAUAGAUAUCCACAUGUGUGUGAAGAAUCUAAAGAAAUAUAAAUUUUCAAAUAAAAUGUUUAGCUCAGCACACCCCAAUUUUUGAAUGAUUACAUAUAAAAAUUUGAAAGUCUUUUCCACUCUCAUUCUAGGUAUUAGUCAUACGACAAUUGAAACAGAGUGGUGUAUCAGUGUGAUAAUUAAAAGUAAUCACUAUUCUCACUCUAUUGUACUGAAAAUAGAGGAUUUGAUGACAUUAUUUGGGAAGACUAUAAUUCAGAUUAUUUUGUAACAAAUAUAGUUGCAAUUAUCAGAGAAUUUAGUUAACUGCUGAAAUAUCCUGGAAAAUUGGAUCACAUUAUUAUAAUAAUUUAUUUUAUUGCACAGCAAUCCAUUUGUAAAGGAAUGUGCCUUUAAAUACAAGGUGUCUAGCUUUCUGUUCUCAGUUUCUGGCUGAAAAUGUUCUUGUAUUCUUGUAUGAUGGUGUUAUUCAUAAUGAAUAUCUUUCUGUUAUGGCCUACAGAAAGUAUUUUGUACUGUAGAUUAACGUGGAAUUUAAAUAACUAAAUGCACCAUUUAUAUUUUAUGUAAUUUAAAUACUAUUGGAGCACGACUACAAUAUUUUCUGAUGCUUAUUCAUUAUAUCUGACACAAAGGGCUGAAUUUUCAUCUGGGUACGGAGGAGCAUUUUUGUGUGUGAAGGCCACACUGAUUUUUUUGGAGGAUAUCCGAUUUUCCUCCGCGUUCCAUCCCGUGCCAUUUUCCCCUGGCCUUUUUUCCAGUUGGAAAUGCCUAGUGUGCAAAAUGCACACGCACUCCUGCUGAGCUUGGGUUCCCCAUCGGGGAAGAAUAUUAGGUUUCCUCGCACACACUAUUUCAUCUGCUGGUGUGGGGUUAAAAGUAUGCCAGAUUUGAGAGUUUGUGAAGAAAAGGGAAAACCUGCUGAGGAGUCGAGAACAUUCUGAAAAGUAAGUAUAAUAUAUUGUGGCACUUUCAAAUGUCACUGUCAGCUGCUGCAUUGUAAUGUAGAUGUGUUUUUAAUGCAGUGAAUCAUCAUAGUGAUCUGUCCUGCAAAGGUAAGUUGACCCUUACAUUGAUCAGCAUUAUAUAGAUUUUCACAUGCUUUACAGUACUUUCUCAAUGGAGGAAGUACUAUAAUGCAUUAAAAAAUAUUUUUUAAAAACUCUGCUGUAAUGUUUUUGUGCUCAAAUUUAAUUGGAUUGGCAGAUCUGGCUGUUUUUUUUUCAAAAACAAAAUUGCUUCUAAAGAUAGAAGAAAUGUCUGCCCUUUUUUGCCUCCAUUAAUUGACAGGCACUCUGAUCUUAAAUGGAUAUCUGUUCUGGCAGUGGAGCUGGAAGCUUUUGUUAUGACAGCUAUUCCAUUAUGAAUGCUUGGCUGGGAUUCAAAAACUUCAGCUCAGCAAGUGGCCUUAUUGAUCCAAGAACUAUUGAAAUGUUUACGAGCCUGUAAUAACAAUAUAUCUUUGAUGUGUUUUCUUGUCUGUUUACAAAUGUUAUAGGCUCUUAAAGGAUUACAAUUUUUUGGUCCAGUAUCAAUGAUAAUGAAUUUGAAUUCAGGGAUUUCUUAGAUUGUUAGAGUUUUAAUGGUUUUCCAAUGAUUUUAAAAUAAUUCUCAUUGCUAUUGCAUGGCUCCUGAGAACUGUACAUAGUGGGUGUGUGGCUAUAGAGGAUAUAGAGAGGUGGCAUGGGGAAUAUGUGUGGCAUGAAGGAAUCUGAGGGGGCAUGGGUUGGCAUCCGGAAUGUGAGGUGGCACGGGGAUGGGUGAGCAGGUGAGGGGAGGUUUAGGGGGCCUUUAAACAAUGUCAAUAGCUGGGCUGCUAUGUUGGAGAACCAAAGUGGAUCUUCUAACCUGUCAGCCUCCGUACCGACGCACCACAUGCACUCCAUCACAGCUAGUAAAAUUACUCGUGAACUACACGUGGGUUGGGUGGACACUUGGCAAGCUGUGAAAGUGCGCAGGUUGCUUUUUUUCCGAGCCCCGGUGAAAAUUCAGCCCUACAUGUGUCUUUUAUUGAUAAGUUGCAAAGCUUGCAUUUUAUUGCUAAAUUAUCUAAAAUCUGAGGAUUCCUUUGCUAUGUUUUGUGAAAUUGAUCUUAUUUGAACCUAUUAAUAAAGCAGCAGACAGCAAAAGAAUGGUAAGAAAAAUCAGGCAAGUGUAAACGGGUGACCGAUCUGCGACUGCCAGAUUUUUGGUGGAAGGCAAAAUCUGCCCUUCCAAGUUGUAGGAAAUCAUGCUUAAAUUGUACUAUUGAAUAAUGUGCCCAUUUCUGGUCAUCAGAAGAAAAAUGUCUGGAGAUGACAUAGAGAAGAAUCUCAAGACAAAAUAGGACUGAAUUGUGAGGAAGGUCUGGAGAAGUUUUUGAGAUGGGGUGAUUGAAAUGGGACAGCAUUCAGGCAUCUAAGCUCGUAAGUGAUGUAAGAAAGGGAAAUGUGCAAUAUUAACUUCAAAUUAGACUUUGAUAAAGGAUUAAAAAGAGGUAUAUUUGAAUGAAGAAAAAAAUUGGACAGAAAAAAUGAGCUUGUAUUUUUAUAAAUACUUUUAUGACCUCAGGACAUCGCAAAGCACUUGUCAGUGAAGUCGUGUUGAAAUUUAGGAAGAAGUUUGGACUGAUUUCGGGAAGUUUUUCUUUACACACAGACUGAAUAACAUAUAGAGUAGAUUUCUGGUUUGGACAGUGGGGAAAGCAAAGCCUGGAAGCAUUUAAGAAAUGUCUGAGUGUUGUAAUAGUGACUUGGCAGCAGAGUGCUAGGGAGAGACUGAAGUUUCUUUCUGAGUGGGUGUUUCAGGAUUGGCUAACCACUGUGCCCAAUUCAUAGCUAUCUUGGGUUUUUAUAAAGAAGCAAGAUAUAAAAUGUAAAAUUGUACCUGAGAACAUUUUGCACUUUAUCCUUCUGGUGAGGAACUUCACACAUUAAUGAUGCAAACUGGAAAUCCAGACAAUAACUAUCCAAAAAGGGUUUAGUUAAGCUUGGAAAAUAUUGUAAGGUUUUCAAGUGCCCCCCACUUGAUACCUGAGUUUGAAGUCCAUUGUUGACUGACAUUCACAGUCUGGCUUCUAUCUUUCAGAAAGUAAGUUUACCUAAUCUCGGUGUAGUUAUAUAAAUAUAGAAGGGAAUUGGGUGAUGAAUCACUUUUACACUACAGAGAAAAUGCUUCCUGAUGCAUUUAAGGGAAAGUUAAUACUUGAGGGAGAAAGGAAAUGGAAGGACGUGUUGAUAGGGUGAGAUUAUGUAAAUAGAGUGGGAGGAGGCUUUUGUGGAGCAUAAUCACCAGGUUAAUGGCACAUAUCUGUUCUGUAAGUUUUGUGUAAUAUUUUGUAAGGAUGUGGCUAUGUUCAAGGACUAGAAUAAAUAACCUGAUUUGAUUGAAGAGGACAUCGCAGGUGUCAUAUGCUGAUUUGAAAAUGUUAUGAAAAUAGGACAAAAAAUAACAAGGUAACAAGUUUUCUAAGUGUUAGUUAAUUUUCUUUUAAUUUAAGCCUGAUGAAUGUGAUCUCAGCUUACUAAGGUCAGUCUCCAUUAUAACACUAGGCAUAUGGAUUGAAGCCUUUUGAGAAUAUUGAAAUCUAAUGAAAAUAAACUAGUAUUAUUAUAUUUUUCUUUGAAAACAUAAACUUUUAAUGUAGACGAGAGAUGCUAAGUAAAAAUAUAUAUUUGAUUUAUUACUGGGUUUCAGUUUUAAAAAUUGUAACUGUUUCAUGAAGAUAUUAUCAAUUGAAUGUUGGGCUGGAUUUUGUGGUUGCAAUGAUGGCAAAACUGUCAAUGGCAACCUGUGGAGUGUACACAUACACGGUUAAAUGCAGAAAAUUGAAGUUGCUAUCAGUGAAUUCUCAUUUCUCCACAGUAUGCGCUGUGGAAGUCCUCACAGAUGGAAAUCAUUAGAAAUCACUGAAUUGGUGUGACCUUCCUCUUUUUAUGUUAUUAUUCUUGCUGUAUAAAUGCUUAAAAAGUUAUGAUCUGUUGAAUGAGAUGUAACUGAGUUUUUAACUAUGUACUAAGUCACAAUUAUUGUUAAACAACUGCUCUCAUCCUGAAAAUCUAAUUUUAUAUUUGCGGAAUGUCAAAUUUCUCCAUUCCAUUAUAAAAAUGCACAGAUUUUUAAAUAAUAAACAAACCUUUUUAACA